AUGGAUGAUUUUCUGAAAGACCUAGAUAGCGCACAACGAAAAAAAAAUCUCCUACAGCAAUUUCUAGUUGAGAGAGAGUCCCAACAAAAAUCCGGGCAAAGUGUAGGACUUCUCAAUGAAAAAAUCCGAGGCGGCUUAUCAGAUCUCACAGUUAUUCUUGACUCUCUUCAAAAUCAAGUGAUUUUAUACGACAAAGAUCCCUCAAAAUACAAAAUGGCUCCAAAAGAAAUAGAAAGAAGAAAAGCUUUGGUCCAAGAACUUGAAGCUGAAUUCAACAUAAUUCAAGACAAAAACAAAGAAGCCUACAGAGCAUCGAGAAAUGCCCCAGUCGUCAAUAUCAAAAGGGAUAAGUAUGGAGAAGAGACAGCAGAGACUAAAAAUCUGUCAAAUCAAGACUUAAAAUCAGCCAAAGCCCAGAUGUUGAAAGAUCAAGACGUGGUGGUUGACCAAUUGAUUGGGGUUAGCGAUAAUUUGCUUGUAGCUGCACAAGGAAUUGGAGAUGAGGUGGAUUUACAUAAUGCACUGCUGGAUAGUGUGGAUAAGAAUGUUGAUCAUACCCAAGCGAAAAUGGAUAGGACGCAAUUUAGGAUGAAAGAGUUAAUAAUGAAGUCAUCUGACUCCUGCUUGCUACUUAUAGUGGUUAUUUUAAUUGUAGCAAUAGUCCUGGUUUUAGUUUUAUUAUAG